GUUUCGUGCUCCUCCUCGCCGUCGAGUUUUUGUGAUUAGUCCCCCCAGCCAAAAAAACAACCCCCUCCCUCCCCGUGUUCUUCCAACCAUGAUGGACAACUCGGAAGCCGCGCUCCUCCACGCCGAUCUGCAGUCGGUGAUGGGUGGAUUGACGUUUGACGUCCCGUCGUCUUCUAUGCCCUCCAACACAUCCGCAGCUGCCUUCCCAAUGUUUCCCGGCGGCAUGGCUGCACCCGGUCUGCCGAUGGCUGGGUUUGGCGGAAUGCCGCCGUCCGUGGGCUUUGGCCGCUUUGGCGCCAUGCCCUUCGCUGGCCAACCAAACAACGACGCAAUGUUCUCCAUGAUGAUGAUGUCCAUGAUGGAAGACGGCACUGGUGGCAUUGCGCCGUCCACCUCGGCCACAAGCCAUCUCGCCCAGCACCCGCUGCUCGGUGCGCCGUCACAGCCUCAGGCCGUCCAUUCCGCGCACGCACUUGCAGCGGCUCGUGCUGCGGCCGCAGCAGCAGCAGGGCUGACAUCGAUCGACCAAUUCGAGCCCAGUGCUUUCAACUUUAUGAACCUUGGCACGACCACCACUCUGCCAACGGCCAACGAGUACUCUGGGCACGACAACGCUGGCGGCAACACCACCACCAGCAAGACCGCUGCCGCUGCAGCAGCCAAGAGCAAGAGCACGAGCACACGCACCACAGACGACUUGACAGCAAAGUACAACUUUGCCUUUGACCCGUUCUCCAAGAUGGACGGCGCUGUCGGGCUGUACGCCGCUCAGGCGUCGCCCGUUGGCAGCUACAAUAGCAGCGUGGCAAGUAGCAGCGGCAUGCACCACCGCCCAAACAGCAUCAAGAUGGAGGACGUGUGUGCCGCCUCUCCGCCGGUCGGCCAGUCCCUCGAUGAGAUCAUGUCCACCAUCCAGAGCUUGAACGACGACCCCAUUACCAACAUGAGCACCGCAGGCAGCAGUAUUCGCGGGGAACACAGCGGCAUGCUCGACGACUGUCUGAGCGAGCCCCUGUCGCCGACUGGCGACUUCCCAGACGAUGAUCUUGCUGCGACCCGCCGUAACGCACACAUCCAGGCAGAGCAAAAGCGAAGGAACAACAUCAAAGCCGGCUUUGACGAGCUGCAAGUCAUGAUUCCUGCUUGCCAAAAGUCGCCCGCAAGUCGGCAGUCCAAGGCGACUGUGCUGCACAAGGCCGUCGACUACAUUCAUCAUCUUGUUAAGGAAAAGGUGGCGUUCGUGGACGAAAUCAACCGCCUGCGCAAGGAGGUUGCGGCGCUCAAGCUCAUCAUCAAAAAGUACCAGCAACUCGGCUUUAUCAGCGAGACGGACAUGAAGGCGUUGAUGGGUUCUGGCAGCUCUGCGGUUGCCUCCGCUGGCACUGUCGCUGUGGGCUCGUCUUCCGGUGCAGUUGCCCCGUCAGCAGCCGGCGUUGCUGCGGCAUCAAGCUCGGCAGGCGUGGGCUCGUCGUACGCCGACCAGGUCAAGUUCUUUAUCUUUUGCAACGUGGUGGACUUGUUGUGGGAGUCGUUUAGCGCCAAGGUCUCGCUCGACUCGCCCGAGGAGUUUGCCUCGUCCAUCAUGGCCUGGUUUGACGAGUUCGCCCGGCCCGACAGCUUGCGGGAAAGCUUCCUCUCGUCGCUGCGCAACAUGGGCACGCGAUUCUUGACGGAGGAGUCGAUGCAAAAAGUGCGGCGCUGGUCUGGCGGCCUGUCUGCAUGCACCGAGCGCAUUACCUGCGGUCUCGAGCAUUCGAACUUGCCGAUGGCCCAAAAGCUCGGCGAAACCAUUAGUGGGAUUGCGUCGCUAUUUAGCUACGGUGGUACCAAGGCUGUUACUUCUGCCCCAGUUGUGACUGACUCACCAAGAUCCCAAUCUUAAGGUUUCCCUGCUUUGUGUUUUGCUUUUUGGUUUGUUUCUUUUGGGCGUUGCUUUCUGUUUCUAGCUCUCUCUCUGUUUCUCUCCCCUCUCUCCCUCUCCCAGUUGUUCUCUGCCCUGGUCAUUGUCCUUGUGGCAAGGAAGUGGUUUCCCCCUCCUUCCACUCCUCCCCUCAUUUAUGUGCGACAUGCAAGCGUGUUUUUCUGCAUUUUGUGUGAUGAUUGAUGCUGCACUUUUUUUUUUCCAUUUGUUGAUAAACUCUUUUAAUAUUGCA